AUGCCGCACGGUAUCACAAUCGACGAGAAGGGAAACUAUUGGGUGACCGACGUCGGAAGCCACCAGGUGCACAAAUUGGACUCCUCAUUCCGUCCAGUGUUCUCACUUGGAGAAAAACUCGUUCCUGGCAGUGAUGGACAUCACUUUUGUAAGCCAACUGACAUUGCCGUAGCCAAGAACGGCUAUUUCUUCGUUGCUGAUGGAUACUGUAACAGUCGAGUGCUCAAGUUUGAUCCCAGUGGAAAACUCGUCGACAGCUUCGGAGCUGCUGGUGAUGAAGUCGGUCCGUCUGAAUUUGCCAUUCCGCACUCGCUAGCACUCAUCGAGGACAUGAAUCUGAUCUGCGUUGCCGACAGGUGA